AUGCCCCUGAGUCGUGCGUUUUACCCCGCGGCUGAUAGAUGUCCUCCAAUCUCUAGUGGUGAGGAUAACAAUGAAGUCGAGCAACAGGAGGCUGCGCUGCUCACAGAAAACUCCACUUUAAGAGAGCGCGUCGCCUAUUUACAAGCCAUCAUCCAGGGUCGAGGGGGCACGAGACCCGGCUCAUCCAGGAGCCAGUCGUCUCUUAGUGCAGCCGAGCAAGGAGACUUCGAAACAUUCUCGACGAUCCUUGAGCAAUGGAACCUGGGUGGCCCCGAACAGGACGCCAGCCAGAAAGCACCUCUAUUGUCAGAAACCUCCGAGGAUUUUUCCCCCAUCUUGAGUCUGAUUCCACGGGGUGAAGACUGCAGAAUCCUCGUGCGGUUCUCUCUGGAGACUCUCGGCUGGAUCCACUGUGCACUGGACGCUUCUGCCUUUUCCAUUGAGGCGGAGGCAUUCGUGGCUUCUCUUGAGCAGGGCCAAUGUGAGGGCUUGCGCAACCAUGCCUGGCUUGCCAUCUUUCUUGGCGUUCUCGCCGUAGGGCUUAUCUUUAUGGAGGGGACCGACCUGGUCGCUCAGCUGUCCGACUCAUUCACCAGGCGUCAUGAUCUCGCCAUGCUACCUCGGUUAUGGUACACGGCAGUACUUCGCCAGUUGGAAUUUUGUGAUUUUAUAGGACGACCGGGUAUUCACACUGUCCAGGCUAUCGCUGUUUUGAACCUUUGCAGUCGUCACCUUGGCGAGAGGCAGCGGGAGAUUACCUUGACAGGAAUCGCCAUAAGUACGGCUCGAUCCCUCAAAAUGCACCUACUUGGAAACGAGUUGUCAUGUCCGGAGAGGGUACGUCAAAUGCCUGAGUGGCAGAGCAAAGCUGAUAGAGAGUUGGGGCGCCGGUUGUGGUGGUCGCUCGUCAUAUGUGACUGGCUCGGAGCCGCGACCCAUCCUCCAUCUAUACGAGCAGACCAAUUCGACUGCGAAAUUUCAGAAGGGGAGUACGAUGCAGCCCAACUGCUCGGCCCAACAGCCAUUGACCAGCAUCUGAAGAGUGCCUCCCCUGUGUUCCAUCACAUGGCCAUGGCCAAACUGGCGUCUGUGCUACGCAGCCAUUUCGAAGAAGUCGAUAAGUCGUUAGAUACAUUAUUUGAGACGCUGAUGCGGCUGGACGAGUUAGAAAGCCAGGUCCCAUUUGUUAUUGACGACAGCGCGGACCAACCCAUUUGGGCUAUCGGACAGCGCUGUCACUUCUAUUUUACUCUGAAUCACUUGAGACUCAAACUCUGUCGAGUAUUAUUCCGUCCCGAUGUGAAGAGCUUUGAUCGUUACGACAACAUCCGCAAGUGCGCACUCUCAGCAGCCAUCGCCAUUUCCGAUAUGACGGAUUUCCCUUACGUUUACAAAAAGACUUGGUACGAACCCGCCUCGAGACAUUGUUCUCAGAUCCCCCUCCUUGCUAACCAAUGCAACCUUAGGAUCUUCCCCUCGGCUACAAUAGCCGCAGGUGUUUUUCUCGCUCUCGACCUGCUCAAAUUCCGGCCUGAAGCGACAGUAGAGCAUCAAAAGCAGCGUAUUUUGUCUUGCAUGUCCACAAUCGCUCCUUAUGUGGAGAAGACUACCAUCUGUCGAGGCGGUUCGAGGAUACUUCAGCAACUGCUCGAGCUGAUACGACAGUGCGAAAAUGGCAUGCAGCAAGUGGAUGUGAUGCAGUUUAUAAUUGGAAUGGACAGCAGAGGCGUGAUGGCUGUUGAAAACCCUAGUAUACAGCAGCAAAACGCUUGGCAACAUCUUUCUUUAGACAACAUCGAUGAUGAUAGCAGUGCCUUAUUUGGCGGUCAUGAGUUUUUUGAGAACUGGAAUCUGUUUGAUGAUUGGAACUUAUUGGGCAGCGAUUUUAAAUUCUAA